CACCGUCAGUUCCCGCCAACACACGCCAUUUCUUUCCCGCCUUCCCUCCCUCUAUGCUCUUCGGUAUCCGUUCCCGCUUUUAAAUCUCUCACUCUCUCUCUCCACACUACUCAUUAAUGAUUACUGAAAGGUCUCCACAUUGAAUUGAUACAACUUUUGCAUAAUGGCGCCGUCGAAGAAGGCCACCAACGGGCGCUCCCCUUUAGUCAAUCAACAGCGUCAAAUCACCGCUUUCUUCGGCAAGAGCCCGUCCGGAUCAUCUCCGGCCCCUUCAGAAUCGCCCUCUCCAUCCCUCUCCAAGCUAAACCCUAACCCUAGAGUGGGCCCGCCUCCAAGCCAGACCCCCAUCACUCCUUCACCUCUCAAUUCCAAGCGUAAGAAGCCCCUCCUAGUUAUCACCCCCAAUUUGGGCGCCUCUUCCGCUGAGAAACCUGUCUCCGAGAAGAAAUCGUACGGGGCGGAGGUUAUUGACAGACGGGUCAGGGUUUAUUGGCCGCUUGAUAAGUCGUGGUACGAGGGCGUCGUGAAGUCGUUUGAUGAGGCAUCUGGGAAGCAUUUGGUUCAGUAUGACGAUGCUGAAGAGGAAAGUUUGAAUCUUUCGGGGGAAAAGGUUGAGUGGAUUGAGGAGCCCGUGAAAAAGAAGCUUCGGAGGUUAAGAAGGUUUUCUGUAGUGGAAGAUGAUGAUUUCGAGGAGGAGGGGGACGAGCCUGAUCUCAAAGAGCUAGAAGAUGAUUCGGAUGAUGAGGACUGGGAGGAAAAGGCAGGGAAUGGAAUAUUGGAAGAUGAGGACUGUUUGGAGGUUAUGGAGUUGGAAGAAGAGGGAAGUGGUGGAGCUGAAGUUAGGAAGAAUACGAGCCUCAGGAAACAGAAAGGGGGUGAAGGAGAAGUUGUUUCUGGUAAAAAGGGAAAAAUUGUUGGGGAGUUGAAGAGUAGCUUUUCCAAGGUUUCUCCUUCGGGCAAGGCUGUGAAUCUGAUCGAACCUAUUAGCAGAACUAGUACUUAUAGUGUGAAGGCAUCUGAUACAACCAAAGAACACUCUUUUUCUCUAACAGCAUCCCUUCUGGAUAGCCCUUCGAUGGUAGACACGGCAGAAAGAUUUGCCAAACGUGAAUCAGAGAAAUUGCACUUCCUUGAGUUAGAUCGUAGAGAUGCCAACCGGAGGCGCCCUGGGGAUGAGAAAUAUGAUCAUAGAACCUUAUACUUGCCUCCAAACUUUGUGAAGAAUUUAACAGGUGGCCAGCGGCAAUGGUGGGAGUUUAAGUCGAAGCAUAUGGACAAAGUUCUCUUUUUCAAGAUGGGCAAGUUUUAUGAACUUUUUGAAAUGGAUGCACAUGUUGGAGCCAAAGAACUUGGUUUGCAGUAUAUGAAGGGAGACCAACCUCACUGUGGAUUUCCAGAGAAGAACUUCACAAUCAAUGUAGAGAAGCUGGCAAGAAAGGGUUAUCGAGUUCUUGUUGUGGAGCAAACAGAGACACCUGAACAGCUUGGCAUUCGUCGAAAAGAAAGUGGCUCCAAGGAUAAGGUUGUCAAACGCGAGAUAUGUGCUGUUGUGACUAAAGGAACUUUAACCGAGGGAGAAUAUUUUACAACAAACCCUGAUGCUUCAUAUAUAAUUGCUGUGACGGAAAGCUGCCAAAUUUCAGCAAGUGAACAAGGGAUCCACAUUUUUGGUAUCUGUGCUGUUGAUGUUGCUACAAGCAAGAUUAUCCUGGGGCAGUUCAGGGAUGAUGCUGAUUGCAGUUCGCUUUGCUGUUUAUUAUCUGAAUUAAGGCCAGUGGAAAUUAUAAAACCGGCUAAGUUGCUGUGCACUGAGACUGAAAAGGCACUAUUUAGGCAUACACGAAAUCCCCUGGUUAAUGAGCUGGUUCCUUUCUCUGAAUUUUGGGAUGCUGAUAAAGCUAUUUCUGAAGUUACAAGCAUUUAUCAGCGCCUUGGUGGUCAUUCUCAUAGUUCAUCAGAAAAUAAAAGUACUCUGCAGCAAAGUGAUUCUUCAAGGGAGAAUGAUGGUAGAAACUGCCUACCAGAAGUGCUAUCCAACCUCAUAAGCGAGGGUGAAAAUGGAAGCCAAGCACUAUCAGCACUUGGUGCAACUCUUUUCUAUUUAAGGCAGGCUUUCCUGGACGAGUCUCUCCUCAGAUUUGCUAAAUUUGAUCUGCUCCCAUGCUCUGGUCUUGGUGAAAUUGCCCAAAAGCCAUACAUGGUUCUUGAUGCUGCUGCCAUGGAAAACCUUGAGAUAUUUGAAAAUAGCAGAAAUGGAGAAUCUUCUGGGACAUUAUAUGCUCAAUUAAACCAUUGUGCCACAGCAUUUGGUAAAAGGCUACUGAGGACAUGGCUGGCCAGACCUUUAUAUCAUCUCAAGUCAAUUAAGGAGCGGCAGGAUGCUAUAGCAGAACUGAGGGGGGUUAAUCAACCUAAUGUGCUUAGCUUCAGAAAGGAGCUAUCGAAACUACCUGACAUGGAACGCUUGCUUGCACGGAUAUUUGCUGGCAGUGAAGCUAGUGGCAGGAAUGCAAAUAAAGUUGUUCUCUACGAGGAUGCAUCAAAAAAGAAGCUUCAAGAGUUCAUUUCAGUUCUUCGUGGAUGUGAAAUGAUGACCAAUUCGUGCUCUGCACUUGGUGCUAUUUUUGAGAAUGUGGAGUCUACACUACUACGUCAUCUAUUAAUUCCUGGUUCAGGGAUUCCUGAUGCCAAUCCAAUUUUGAGGCAUUUCAAGGAUGCCUUCGAUUGGGAGGAGGCAUAUCAAUCAGGGCGCAUUAUACCUCGAGAAGGAGCAGAUCUUGAUUAUGAUGCUGCAUGCCAAGUUGUUAAAGACAUUGAAUCCAGUCUCAAAAAACAUCUAAAGGAGCAGCAGAAAUUACUUGGAGAUCCAUCUAUCUGUUAUGUAACAAUUGGAAAAGAUGCAUACCUUUUGGAAAUGCCUGAGAGUUUGACACAGGCGAUUCCGAAGGAAUUUGAGUUACGAUCAUCUAAGAAGGGUUUUGUCCGAUACUGGUCCCCCGUGAUAAAAGAUUUAAUAGGAGAGCUUUCACGAGCGGAAUCGGAGAAGGAGUCAAAAUUGAAGAGCAUAUUUCAGAGGUUAAUUGAACGAUUUUGUGAGAAUCACAUUAAAUGGAGGCAAUUCAUCUCUACUGUUGCAGAGCUGGAUGUCUUAAUCAGCUUAUCAAUUGCAAGUGAUUAUUAUGAAGGGAGAAGUUGUCGUCCAGUUAUAGCUUCAUCGAAUCCUGAUGAAGUGCCAUUCCUCAGGGCUAAAAACUUAGGGCACCCAGUUUUAAGGAGUGAUUCCCUCGGAGAGGGCACCUUUGUCACCAAUGAUGUCACACUAGGUGGUUCUGGCAACUCCAGCUUUAUACUGCUUACGGGUCCUAACAUGGGUGGAAAGUCUACUCUUCUACGCCAAGUUUGCAUGGCUGUAAUUUUGGCCCAGAUGGGAGCUGAUGUACCAGCAGAAAGUUUUGCUUUGAAUCCUUUUGACCGUAUAUUUGUUCGAAUGGGUGCUAAAGAUCAGAUUAUGGCUGGUCAAAGCACAUUUCUGACAGAGCUUCUGGAAACUGCAGCCAUGCUGACAUCAGCAACGCGCAGCUCACUUGUGGCGCUGGACGAGCUGGGACGAGGAACUUCAACAUCAGAUGGGCAAGCCAUCGCUGCAGCAGUGCUCGAACAUUUUGUUCACACAGUGCAAUGCCGGGGAAUGUUUUCUACGCAUUAUCAUAGAUUAGCUGUUGACUACAAGAGUGAUCCUAAGGUCUCCCUCCGUCAUAUGGCUUGCCAAGUUGGAAAAGGAGCCGGAGAUCUUGAGGAAGUAAUCUUCCUUUACAAAUUGACACCCGGCGCAUGCCCUAAAAGUUAUGGUGUUAAUGUUGCUAGGUUAGCAGGACUUCCUGAUACAGUUCUACGAAAAGCUGCAGCAAUGUCUCAGGAGUUUGAAGGAACUUAUGGCAAUAAAUUAGGUGCCACUCAUAGGUGGGAAGACAAAGCAUCAUUGAUCAUCGAAAACUUGAUAAAGAUCACAGCUACUGCUGAAAGCAAGAACAUAGACUUGUUAACUAGCCUGCAGUCGAGAGCGAGUUUACUUCUACAACAAUAGCAUAAACCUUUCCUGUACAGUCUACCCUGCAGAUUUACACAAUAUCCCAUUCGCGUCAUAUGGCGCAAUUUUGACCCGUAUAAUUCGAGUUCAGGUGAAAGAAAACCUACAUCAGAGCGGCUAAAAGGUACAAGUGCCAUUCCGAUGAUGACUUGCUCUGAGCUUGAAUUUUCUAAUGCAAUAUGCGAGUUGAGCUCGAAUAUUUGUUGGUGAAUAUAUUUGAGCCUUAUUCAAAUAUUGUCCAAAAAAUGCUAUAUAUUUUGUGAAAUGUUUUGAGCUCCA